AUGGCUCGAAACGGGGACGAUUUGAUCAGUUUCUUACCAGAUGAAAUGCUUAGACUCAUACUAUCCCUUCUUCCCUUUGAAUCAGCUGUAGAAACGAGCCUGCUUUCUUCCCGAUGGCGACGGCUUUGGAACUCAGCUCUGGUGCGGUUCGGAGCCAUUGACGAUCUUGCUCAAGAAGUAGCUUCGUUUUUUAAUCACUUCAAUCAGCUUCCCAUUAAGCAUCCAAGAAGGCUUCAGUAUCACUUUGGCAAAGAUGGUCUCCUUUUAGCUUCCAUUGCUGCUGAUGAUAAGCUUCACUUGGAUUUCUCUGCUGGAAGCUCUGUGUUUCCAUGGCAGUUUGAUUGGGAACUCAAGUUUGAUACUCAUAAUCCAUCUCCAUUUGCUUUUAAUAUCAAAUCUUUGUGUCUUAAAUCUGUGAGUUGCCUUACAAAUCAAGCUGUUUCCUCCCUCGUUUCGAGUAUUCGGGUUCUUGAGAAUUUGAGGAUCGAUCGGUGUUGUGGAUUUCGAUCGCUAUGCGUUGGUUCAACUCCGAAACUUCGGAGGCUGACUGUUUUGGAUUGCUUGGACUUGAGAUUUUUACAUAUUAGAUGUUCGAAUCUUCGAUCCUUUCGGUUUCGAGGACGACUUCCGAGGAUUUGUCUCGAGAGUCAUUUUAACUUGCAGGACGCUAUGCUUGAUUUUAGAGAAGGGCUUGGAUGGAAUAAUUUGAAGAUUAGUGAGUUUGAUCCAUGCCUCUUGACCAUAAAAAACGCUGCUACUCUUACACUGUGCGGAUGGAAUUACGAGGCACUGAUCUGGCCUUCUCUAGCUUCUUUACAAGGGAACUUCAUAUUUUAUCAUCUUAAAGAACUAUGGUGGAUUGGUUAUUCAAAUGAAGAACACAACAGUAAUGCAUUGCUCAGCUUCCUCCAAAUGUGUCCCGCCUUAGAGCGACUCUUCGUCACGAUUGAUCCUAAAAGCUACAGCACACCGAGCAAGCCGACGUACUCGAAGAACGUCUUGAGACGAGCGAAAUCGGAGCAUCUAAAACUUGUAAGUUUGAAGGGGUUUAGGGAUGAGAAUGAAGAAAUGUCAUUGAUUAAGGUGAUAAAAGAGGUGGUUUGUGUGAGUCCAGUGUUCAUCUCAGCAAUUGAUCAUAGCACCAAAGCAGAGAAACAUGGAUCAAAUGGAAGAAACUCUUCCUCUAAGCUGGAUGAUGAACAACAAAUAUGGCCUAAACAUCCUCACAUGAAUCUUUAG